AUGCUUCAAUGGCGAAGAGCGACUUUAGCGUACGUGACACUACUCUCCAUCUUUACACCAACAACGUCACAGUCGCAUGAAAUGGUGUGUCCUGGGACUCAGAAUGGACUUAGCUCCACAGGAUCUCAGGAAAAUCAGUAUAACCUCAUCAGAGAUCGAUAUGAUGGCUGUGAGAUCGUCAUGGGAAACCUGGAAAUCACUCAGAUUGAAAGCAACUGGGACUUCUCCUUCCUUAAGACUAUCCGUGAAGUAACUGGCUAUGUCCUCAUUGCUAUGAAUCAUUUUCAAGACAUCCCCUUAGGGCAGCUACGGGUGAUCAGAGGCAACAACUUGUAUGAAAGGCGAUUUGCCCUUUCUGUCUUCUUUAACUAUCCCAAAGAUGGCUCCAAUGGCCUAAGGCAGCUAGGUCUACAAAAUCUUACUGAGAUCCUGGAAGGAGGAGUUCAGAUCAUAAAUAACAAAUAUUUGAGCUAUGGUCCGUGGAUAUUCUGGCAAGAUAUAAUUAGGGACAAUAGUGCACCAAUAGAGAUUCAGUACAAUGGAGAGAAAGGCCCCUGUCACCAUUCCUGUAGAGACUAUUGCUGGGGUCCAAAUGAAAACCAGUGUCAGAUAUUGACAAAGACAGUGUGUGCUCCUCAGUGUAAUGGACGCUGCUUUGGGACCAGCCCACGGGACUGCUGCCAUAGCGAGUGUGCAGCAGGGUGCCAGGGCCCUCUGGACGUCGACUGCUUUGCUUGUCGUCAUUUCAAUGACUCUGGAUCCUGUGUGCGACAGUGCCCUCAGAAUCUAAUCUAUAACAAACAGAUGUUUCAAAUGGAACCAAAUCCCAAUGCCAAAUAUCAGUACGGCUCCAUUUGUGUCUCACAAUGCCCCACUCAUUUUGUGGUGGAUGGCAGCUCCUGUGUCAGUGUCUGUCCUCCUGACAAGAUGGAGGUGGAGAGGGAAGGCCAGAGACAGUGUGAACUCUGCAGCGGACUCUGUCCCAAAGUAUGUGAAGGCACUGGUGCAGAACACAGACAGACUGUGGACUCCAGUAACAUUGACAGCUUCAUCAACUGCACCAAGAUCCAGGGCAGCCUGCAUUUCCUCGUCACAGGGAUUCUGGGAGAUGACUUUAAAAAGAUCCCACCUUUAGAGGCUAAAAAGCUGGAAAUAUUCAGAACAGUCAGAGAAAUCACCGAUAUCCUGAAUAUUCAGUCUUGGCCAAAAGAACUCAAUGAUUUGUCCGUGUUUUCGAGUCUUACAACAAUCCAAGGGAGAUCUCUCUUCAAACGCUUUUCCCUGAUGGUGAUGCGGAUCCCCUCCCUCACAUCUCUGGGCCUGCGCUCUCUUAGAGAGAUCAGUGAUGGCAGUGUGUACAUCAGUCAGAAUAAAAACCUGUGUUACCAUGACACUGUGAACUGGACCCAGCUGUUCAGAGGCAGUCUAGUGAGAGUCAACAACAUCAACAAUAACAAACCUCAGGACACUUGUGUUGAAGAAGGCCAUGUAUGUGAUCCACUGUGUUCAGACUCUGGGUGCUGGGGCCCUGGGCCAGACCAGUGUCUGUCUUGCAGAAACUUCAGUCGAGAUGGCACCUGUGUGAACAGCUGUAACUUCCACAGAGGGCUUCCCAGGGAGUUUGCAAACCGUGAUGGAGGUUGUGUGCCUUGUCAUGCAGAGUGUCGACCUCAGUAUGGAAAGGCCAGCUGCUCCGGGCCAGGUGCAGAUGAGUGCAUAGCCUGCAUUAACUUUAAGGAUGGACCAUUCUGCAUGUCCUCAUGUCCGGCUGGAGUAAAUGAUGGUCAGAAGGGGCUCAUUUUUAAAUAUCCAAACAGAGAGGGUCACUGUGAAGCAUGUCACCCCAACUGCACACAGGGAUGCUCGGGUCCAGGACUGUCCUACUGUUUAGAAAACGGACUGGCAAUUAGUAGUGGUCAGAUGACAGGUAUAGUUCUAGGUGUCCCAGCGGGUUUGAUUUUCUGUCUAGUAGUGUUUUUCCUUGGCCUACUGUACCACAGAGGCCUUGCCAUUCGCCGCAAGAGAGCCAUGAGGAGGUAUCUGGAGAGUGGAGAGAGUUUUGAACCUUUAGGUCCUGGAGAGAAAGGGACCAAGGUUCAAGCUAGGAUUCUGCGUCCUUCAGACUUAAGAAAAAUCAAACCAAUUGGUUCAGGAGUGUUUGGCACUGUGCACAAGGGCUUUUGGACUCCAGAAGGUGAAUCCGUUAAAAUCCCUGUCGCCAUUAAGACCAUUCACGACUGCACUGGACGCCAAAGUUUUACUCAGAUAACUGAUCACAUGUUGUCUAUGGGAAGCCUGGACCACCCAUAUGUCAUCAGACUGCUGGGCAUUUGUCCGGGGGUUAGCCUGCAGUUGGUGACUCCAUUUAGUUCUCGAGGUUCUCUGCUGGAUCAUGUAAGAAACAACAAGCACAGGCUAGACCCGCAGCGCCUACUCAACUGGUGUGUGCAAAUUGCCAAGGGCAUGUACUAUCUUGAGGAGCACUGCAUGGUCCAUAGAAACCUUGCAACACGUAACAUUCUGCUGAAGAGUGACUACCAGGUUCAGAUCUCCGACUAUGGUGUUGCAGACCUCCUCUAUCCAGAUGACAAGAAAUAUGUUUAUAUUGACACCAAGACUCCGAUAAAAUGGAUGGCACUUGAAAGCAUCUUGUUCCGGAGAUACAGUCAUCAAAGUGAUGUCUGGAGUUAUGGGGUGACAGUGUGGGAGAUGAUGUCAUUUGGGGCGGAGCCAUAUGCGUCCGUGCUACCUCAGGAUGUCCCAGGCCUGCUGGAAAAGGGGGAGCGCCUCUCACAGCCUCAGAUCUGCACCAUAGAUGUCUACAUGGUCAUGGUUAAAUGCUGGAUGAUUGAUGAAAAUAUUCGGCCCACUUUCAAAGAGCUGGUUAGCGACUUUACACGAAUGGCUAGGGACCCAUCGAGAUACCUUGUGAUUAAGGUCUCUGACAUUUCAGCUGAGGACAUCCACCACAGAGAGCUGGAUCGUGGACGCUUGGAUACAAAUUUCCAUGAUGAAGAUGACUGUGCUUUAGAAGAGGGGUUAGCCACACCUCCCUUAUAUCAUUCUCCCUCCUGGAAUCAUUAUCGCUCUAGGCUAAACUCAAAUAGGAGUGAUAUUUCUCAGACUGGACCUAUUGGAUAUCUACCGAUGACUGGUCCUAUAGACAGUAUCAAGCAGCUCUGGUGCCAAAGACCACGUCUAAACUCAGUGCAAACUUUACCAGAAAGAUCAGGGGUCAUGGGACAUGAAGUAUUUGAGGAAAACUGUUUGGCAACUGGUUUUCAUAGAUCUAGGCUUGACUCCAAGAGGAAUAACACUUUCAAAACAAAAAAUCAACACAGGAAGUUGUCCACAGCAUCGAGCCCAUGUUCAUUCCGAGUGUGGACAACAGAAGCAGGAGAAGAUAUAGAUCAUUAUGGUUAUGUUCUGCCAGGAUCACGUGACCAAACAGAAAGAGUUCGUAGAAUUUGUCACCCUACAAAGAAAAAUUCUAAAUCUUUUAUGAAGAAUUUAUCCCCUUUGAUGAUAAAACAGCCCCAAGAGUAUGAAAUUAUGGGUAAAAAGGGAAGUGCUUCUUCAUGUGGAACUCGGGGCAUCACAACCAAGAUUGAUGCUCCUCUUGUGGCUCUUGGUUAUAAAAUGACAACUUUACCAUCUCCAACAUCUAUUGCGCCAUUACUUUUAGAAGACAUUGUCAGUCACAUGGAAACUCCAGUCAUCUCUGUCACAAACAAAACUGUAGAUGAAGACUGCACAGAGGCUGCAGUGAAACCUGAGGUUGCAGAACAGCUAAAUGUGCUUUAUGGAAAUACUGGGACUGGAGAUGAACAGAAAGAGGCAGUCCCGCAGAUUGACAGGUAUGAAUAUCUAGAUAUAAAGUGUUCCAACUCACUGGAGGAAAAUGAAUCCAGUCUAAAGAGCAGAGAAAGUGAGACAUCAUUGGUGGAAUCAGCAGAAACUGAAGAAACAUGUCAAGAAUUACAAACCCAUGCAGACAUUAUUGUCAAUACCAAACCAGAUGUGCCCAUUACUGGAGAAGAAAAGGAAGAUGACUAUGAGGAGAUGACCAGUGGGUCCAAUGGGUGGGAACAGCCCAUGUACCAGAACUUGCCAAAGAGAGACAAGGCAGUUUCUGAGGAGCUGGGCGGUACCAAGUGUGCAGGGAUUGAGGGAUACAUCAAGGUGUGUGCAGCUAUAGGGGAACCCGAGAAUAACACCUCUUUUGAUAACCCAGAUUAUUGGCACAGCAGACUGUUCUUAAAGCCAGAUGCUCUUCGCAUCUAAUAGUAUGUAUUCCUACUACUGGGAGAGCAACACUGAACAGUUUCACUCAACACAGCCUAUUUCCAUAAUUGUGAGGGGGAAUAGAAGAAGUCAUUUUGUAUGAUCCUUUACUGUUUU